AUGGGAAUUACUUCUUCCAAAAAUUCAGAAUCGAAAAUUCCGGAAUAUCCACAUUUAACGUUAAGUAAUUUUCCUAAAGAUGAUGAUGGCGAAACUAUAACCUUAAGUGAUGGUCGAAAAAUGGGAUACAAAGAAUAUCAUUAUCAACAUGUAUUACAAAAUCCUAUUCCGUUCAAUCAAGAAUUGGAAAUUGAAAAUUCCGAAAAUUCCAAAGAAUUUAUAAUUCUUUUAAUUCCCGGAUCACCUUCUUCAAGAUUAUUUUAUUUUACCGAUGAUAUUAAAAGUUUUUGCAAACAAAAAAAUAUUAAAAAAUGUUCAUUAAUUUCUUAUUCCGCUGGUGGACCAUAUGGAUUGGCAGCAUCUUAUGUAUUGGGUAAACCUCCAUCGCCAUUGAAUAAAAAAGGAAAAAAUAAAGAAAAUCGGGAGAGUAAAGGUGGCGAUAUUGAAUUCGAUUCUAUUAUUAAGAAAAGUGCAAUUAUUAGUUCUGUAGCGCCUCGUGACGGACCUAAUUUGACUAGUGCGAUGCCAAUUAAGUUUAAACUUGCAUGGUGGUUAGCCAAAAAUGCUCAUGGCGUAUUAUCAGCGAUUGCAAAAUAUGAAACUAAUCAGUUCAUACGGGAUCCUGUCAAAACAGGUCGCGAAAGUAAUUGGUUACCAAGUGAUAUAGAAACUUAUGAGAACUAUCCCGGUGUAGAAGAAAUGUUUCUUACGGAUGGAUUAGAAGUUUAUUCAAGAGGACAAGUUGAAACUGUGUGUUGGGAAUAUUCUUUAUGGGGAAAAGAUUGGGGGUUCAAAUUAAAAGAUAUUGUAUGGUAUGGAGAAAAAGAUUACACAACUACUGCUGCUAUGGGGCAAUACAUUGCAGAACAGAUUGAAGGAUGUGAAUCCCAUUUUGCUAAAGAGAGAGGUCAUUUAUUGUAUUUCGAGAUUUGGGAUGAAGUAAUUGAAUGGUUAAUUUCUAAUUAG